UGGUACAGCUACUGAGUAAAAUUUACUUAAGUAAAAAGUAUCUAAGUAAAGUACAAAGUACAUUUUUUAAUUAUCUAGUAUUUUACUUAUACUUGCUGUACUUGUACUCGUCCAAUGACUGCUCCUUAUAACCGAAAAUGUUUACUUCUCAUUAACAAAUAAAUAGAUUCUUUAAUUUUCAAGACAAGAGUUCUAUGGAAUAUUAGAUGAACGAUUACAAAUUUUCUUAUUUAAGUUGGAAAUGUUUUUACGUAGCGUCGGAUCAAGUGAUCAUGCUAUUCCAAUUCCGAUAAAUGAUGCUGAAAAACAAGAAAUUCUUGGCAAAAUUAAUCAAUAUCGUACAAAUGUUCACUCUAGAUACAUGUUCAAACUCUAUUGGGAUGAUGAAUUAGCUGAACUCGCUUAAGUUCAUUCAAAUUUGUGUGCUUUUGAGCAGGAUCUAGCCAAUAAUCGUUUAAGUCCAUUAUUUGGUUGGUACAAUGGACAAAGUAUGAUUAUGUCACACGAAAUUCGUAAUUCUUUAGCUAGUUUAUCGGGCAUGAUGCUUAGUAGUGAACAACCCAAUUUCAUAUAUGGUUAUGGGUGUUAUCCAAAACCAGCUUCAUGUCUACAUUAUACACAAGCGAUGUUAAGCAAUAUGACACUUGUUGGUUGUGCUCAUACACAUUGUCUUUAUCCUCAUCGUAUUGAACGUUAUUUAACAUGUAACUAUGAGUUUUCACAAUACGAAAAUAAUUAUUUUAUUCCAUAUGUACCAAGUGAUAUUCCUGCUAUUGAUUGUCCAUUAGAAAAAAGUGGAAAUUUAUGCAAUUGUGGGAAUAUAAUUUGUGAUUAUAAUAACGGUGAAUAUCUUGAACCAGCUACAUGUAAUUGCAAACAAACAUUGCUCAAACGAUCGAUUGAUAAACGUAAUGCUAAUAAUGAUAAUGAAUUAAAUAAUAAUCAAACAAGUUUAUAG